AACACAAUAAAGAGCGGCCAUCUUUACACAACAACUGCAAUGUCCUGUCGGAAUUUCAUUUCAUUCUGUAUGUGUCAUUCGUGUGAACACGUUUAGUUCGGAAGCCAAAAAUAGCGAGACACCAUGACCUAGUGAUAUUCAACAGGACCCUGACCCACUGCUCCUCUGACAGACCGAGUUCCCCGCCAGUCGCCUGUACCGCCGUGGUAGUUUCCAGGGACAGACCUUCGCCUCUUCCCCGAAGAGACAUGGAGCCCCGGGAGAGUCUGGGAGUGGAGGGGGAUUCGGGCGUCCUGGUGCCGAGCCCACGGAGUGAUGCGGUGACCCAUGACAUGAAGGAGCUAUCCCUCCAGCCCACUCAGAGCCUUCCACCCCUUAAAGAGCGCAAGAACGUGUUGCAGUUAAGACUACAGCAGAGGCGCACACGCGAGCAGCUCAUAGACCAAGGCAUCAUGCCACCAUUGAAGACUCCGGCAGUUUUUCACGAGCAGGUCAGAAGUCUGGAGAGGGCACGGACUGAGAAUUUCCUGAAGCAUAAAAUUCGUAGCAGACCUGAUCGAGCCGAACUUGUCCGUAUGCACAUUCUACAAGAAACCCUGGCUGAGCCGUCUUUACAUGCCACUCAGAUGAAACUGAAGCGGGCUCGUCUGGCUGAUGACCUCAAUGAGAAGAUCGCACAGAGGCCUGGACCAAUGGAACUGGUGGAGAAGAACAUCCUGCCUGUCGACUCCACCGUUAAUGAAGUUAUCAUGGACGAGAAUUGCCCAAUGGAUGUUUAUAAAUUUGAAGAAGACAGUAGUGAUGCUCUUUCUCCAGAGCAGCCGGCUAGUCAUGAGUCUCAAUUUUCUGCAUCAUCCCCUAUAGAAGGCUGUUUGUCUGAUGUUUCCUCUGUAUCACCUCCAGCCUGCUCCAGCGUGCAGUUUUGUCCACCUACGAACCAGUGCACAGACUUCCUCAGCCGAACAUCAGAUGAUCAAACAAACAGUCGUGAAGUGACGGCCGCUCAGCCAGUCGCUUCUGCUGCCCCCACUAAACCCGGACCCACCCUUGUAAAGCAAAGCCAACCCAAACAGGCCAACGACAAGAGCCGCAGCAAGAAGAGUAAAGAACCCAAACCGAGGGUUAGGAAGCUGAAAUAUCACCAGUACAUCCCACCAGACCAGAAGCAAGAACACAGUGAAGCCCUCAUGGACUCGGCGUACGCCAGACUUCUUCAACAACAGCAGCAGUUUCUGCAGCUCCAGAUCCUCAGCCAACAGCAACAGCACUACAAUUACCAGGCAAUAUUGCCGGCGCCCCUCAAGCCAGCGGGUGAGAGUCAGAACAGCUGCCCUAAUGUAGCCCUGAGCAGCAGCUCAAGUCUGCCCGCUUCUAUUGUGGUGUCUUUGGCAAACGCAACCCCUUCACAUCCCAACAAUAAUGCGACCUGUCGGAAACCGGGGUCCCUGCCUGCCAACCUAGAUGAGAUGAAGGUGGCCGAGCUUAGGAUGGAGUUGAAACAGCGUGGACGACCCGUGUCUGGCACUAAAACAGACCUUAUAGAAAGACUCAAAGCCCACCAAGAGACCUCUCAACCCACUACAGCCGUAGACACUAACGUCUCCAAAAGUGCACUGCAACCUGACAACAUGAGCACAACUCCCCCCGUGUCACCCGAACGAUUGGAAGCAUCUAGCAACACUAUGGAGGAAAAUAAGGAAAGCCUGACUAAAGCACUCGGCACCUCACCCCUCAAAUCUGAAGGUGUGAUCAAAGGGAACAAAGUGUCAGAGAAAGACCAGCGCCUCCACGAAAAGGAGCGUCAGAUUGAGGAGCUCAUGCGGAAGCUGGAGCAGGAGCAGCGUCUGGUGGAGGAGCUCAAGAUGCAGCUGGAGGUUGAGAAGAGGGGUCAGCAGGGCGGCGGACAACAACCCGAACCUGAAUCGCCGGUCCACGUCAAAGAGGAAAACAGUGCCGCCUCCAGUUGCAACUUUAAGCACAGUCCCAUGCGACAAACUGUAGGGGUGAAACAGGAAGAGUCUCAAGUUCAGAUGCACCACACCCCAGUCCAACAGUUUUACAUCAACACCCAGCAAGUCCCUCAGGUGCUGCGUCAGCAAACACAGGCCCUGAUCAACACUCGGACUGCUGCACAGAUCCUGCUGCCCAUAUCACUGCCCAGUAACUGCAUCACCACACAGGCGCAGACCAUUCUCCAGUCAGCAAUGACUCAAAGCCUCCUACAAACUCCACUUCUGCAAACACAGAUGUCUGACAGUACCCUUCUACAACAACACUCAAACCAGGCGCAGUCUUCACCUCAAACAGUUCCUCUGUGUGGAAGCUCUACCUCUGGAUUUGAGUACAGGCAGAAUCACAACCAGUCCAUGGUGGAAAUGCCCCAGUGCUUCCUGAGCACUUCACCCAGAGUCUCGCCCAGACACACGAUCCCAAAUGGACCCGUUAACAAACCCCCCUCACCCUGUCAGCUCAAUAAUAUCCUCCAGCCAUCAUUCCCCAAUCGUCACAGCCCAAAGAGUAAAGACCCGCCCCGCUAUGAGGAGGCCGUCAAACAGACCCGCGGCCUACAAGUCACAAUGCAGGUUCCCACUGCUACAAGUCAGCACAUGGAUGAUUUGUUUGACAUUUUGAUCGAGAGUGGAGAAAUAUCUCCUCUGACCAGGCAGGAUCCAUCUCUGGACAGACUCCUCCCAGUGAUAGCCAACGUCACCACCUUGCCCAUCAACACGGUGCUGUCACGCCCUCCGCCACAGAUACACAUGGCCCGCCCGCCCAACCAACCCCAAGUGCCUCCACCCCGCCUGGUGGCCCUGGCUUCAGAUAACCAGCUGGAGGCCCUGCUGGGGGAAGCCGAACCACGGACCCUGCGACUGAUGGAGGAGCUGAAAAAUCAGCUGCUGGAUCAUCCAAACUCCCCAAUGGACACCUCAGAUCUGACCUUCACUGACACGCCAACCUCCGCCCUGCAUCUGCAGGACACCGGCCUCGACAACAUGGAGUGGUUAGACCUGACCCUGCCUGGAACUGCUGGAAUCUCCUCUCCUACUGUGUUUUCUUCGGAUUUUCUGGACUCGUCCGAUCUACAGUUACAUUGGGAUUGAGGAUGAUGCAAGGAAAGGAGAUUGCUGUGACUACGGAGAAUCUGAGAGGAUUUGUUAGCCGUGAGGCGACCAUUUGUGGUGGUCAUGAGUGACGUACAGUUCCAAGAUUUUGAGAACUGAUUCUGGUAAUUUAGAUGUUCAGAUUUUGCUGAGCUUUUCGGAUGUGAAGGAUCUGGUGUCGUUCGGUGUGUGACUUCCAUUCAAAUGUAUAGAGACCACUGUCGGCUUUACUCAUCUGUGCCUAUAAAUGCAGAUGUGUGUGUGGUAGUAAGUAGUUACAUCUCUAUCAAGACAAAGAAAUGUCAUUUUCACCUACAUGCGCAGUCAUUUUGACCUUCUGCUUGUCAUAUUCUGAAGCAGUAAAACAUGAACUGCGUUGUAUAGAAUGUAUGUUUAGAAUUCUGCUCUUUAUAAUUUUAGAUUUAUUAUAGACUCAUCACACAUUUUUAGGAAAGCGAGACACACACAAUUGUUUAUUUUUUUACAUUUACCUAGCUCAGUAACUAGUUUUAGAUUUUAACACUGUUUGAAGUUUUCAAAUGUCAGACAUUUGUGAGGGAAAUAUGGUGCCAUGGUAAUUGUUACGUUUCGUAUGUAAUCUUUACUGAAGGAACCUGUCUAGCGGCUCAUUUAGAUUUGGUCAAAAAGCAAUUCCCUUUUCCAUUGGGGUAUUUUGGCAGCUAAAUAACAUGCAGGACAAAGAGGUGAUCUUUAGAAACAUAUCGUCCUCAAUUUGUAAAACAUUCAAAUUCAUCCUCGUCAGAUGACUGGCGUGUGGAGUUUGUUUACCAAACCCAUCGUGGGGCCAAACACAAAGCAAAUGAGAGGGAGAGGCACAAACUCUAAGACCUGUGUAAACGCUAGAGGGGCCAUCAUUAUCCCGAACAAGAGAGACGGGGUUAAACUUAAAGGGACAGUUCACCCAAAAUUCUGUUUUUGUUUACUCACCCUCAAGUUGUUCCAAAUCUGUAUACUUUUCUUUGUUCUGAUGAACACAGAGAAUGUUUGUAGCCAAACAGUUCUUGGCCACCAUUGACUACCAUAGCAGGAAAAGUUGCUUUAUAAAUUUCUUUGUUCCGUUGCACACAAAAGAAGAUAUUUUGAAGAAUGUAGGAAAUAAAUACAUUUUAAAAAAUUUGGAAUAACUCAAGGGUGAGUAAUUGAUGACAGAAUUUGUAUUUUUGGGUGAACUGUCCCUUUAACCAGAAUGACGUCAGUUCAGUUUGAUUGAUCAGACCAUAGAUAUCAGACUCUGGUGGUGUGACUUGUGUAUAAUAGUCCACAUUUGCUGUCAUAGUAGCCUAUAUAAACUCUUCAAGCCGAAAGUUAGAUUCAUUUAUAACCACUGAAAUAGCUACAGGUUAAAUUUUUCCCGAACGUACUUUAAUCACUAACCUCAGCUCCGUUUAUUUGUAAGAUUGAAAUGAGUUUUCAGUCAGAUUGUCGGUUUAGUUUGUUUUCUAUAAAAUGUGAAGAUGCAGCGCCACCCGCUGGAAGAUGUAAAAACAGACAGCUGAGUGAAUUUCUUUACAGCACUCUUUCAAGAUGUAACAUUUUAUUCAUGAAUUUGUUUUCUGCAGUGUUUGGCAGAUUUAAUCGCAGCCUGUUCUGUAAAAAACAUGCCAUAAACUAGUGCACUUACUUGACUUUGGAUGGAACAUUAACUCUUUGACUAUUAGUUCCUUAUCCAAACACAACGUCAAAACGAAAGAAUGUAUUUCUAUAUUUAGAAAUGUAAUUUCUGAAGGGAUAUUUGACCUUUGUCUCUACCAGAGAUCCAAAGCUCCUGAUUAUGUAAACAGACCAUUCACUGCAUUUGUGCAGUGCUCACGUGUAUUUGAAUUGCAUGAAUAUAUUUUUUCAGUGUGAGGGGAGGAGACCUGUAUCUGUAUUCAUAGGUUAUGUUGACAAAAUGUAUGAAUUUAUAAAGAGGUGUGUAACUUUUCCAACAUUUUCUGCAAAUGAAUUAUCUGUAAUGCAGAACAAGUCUUUUGAAGACUAUCAAGAAACAUUUUGAAAGAAAACAUUUGAAAUCUUACUGAACUUUUGGAGAGUGAUUGAAUGCCUCAUAUUUGCACAGUGUAUAUAUAGUUUUACAUUAUACAUUUUAUACAAACAUAUUUGUGCAACUGUAAAUAAUGUUUUGCGGUUGUCUUUGUACAUAUCUUUAUUGUAUAUACAGCCUUUUAUCAUUAAAAUGGUUCUGUAUU